CCAAAAUGUAUUCUAAACUGUAUGAGAUGACAUUCCUGUUGUGAUAGAGCUAACUUUUCUAAGUGUUUUAUCAUUUUGGGGUUUAGGAAGAAGAACUGAAAGACAUCAAAGUUGAGAUUAAGGAGGAAGAAGAAGAGUCGUUGGUGAGUGGAGAUCAGCAGUCUAUGGAAGAGGGGGAAAUUUUUGUGAAGAGUAAACAGGAGGAAUCUUCUCUAGAUAUUGGCACAGAUGGUCGGUAUGUACGGAACAAGUCUAAGAGAAGUCCGUAUUCUCCAGGAAUAAAACCCAUGACUCAGAAUCUUCCUCACAGACCUUCCUGUUUGGAAACCUCAAUGGAUCCCUUUAAUCCAGAGGAAUCUUCUGACCAAUCGCAUGCUUUAACUUCAGAUAACCAUUGGAGAUUCCACAGCACUGAUAGACCAUCUAAUCCUAAGGAAUCUUCUCUGAGCCAAGAAACCCUUCCCUCGAGGGAGAGCUUGAUGUCCUGUUUCAGGUGUAGGAAAACUUUUAAGACGAAAUCUGAACUUCUUAUACAUCUCAAAUCUCAUACCAGUGCGACCUUUUCAUGUUCAGAGUGCGGGAAAUCUUUCACUGAGAAAAAAGUCUUUGUCGUACACCAGAGAAUCCACACGGGCAAGCGCCCUUAUUCGUGUUCGGAGUGCGGGAAGUGUUUCACGGAGAAAGGAAACCUUCUCACCCAUCUGAAAAUUCACACGGGCGAGCGCCCUUUUUCAUGUUCUGAGUGCGGGAAAAGUUUCACUCUGAAAGGAGACCUUCUUCGACACAAGCGGAUCCACACGGGCGAGCGUCCGUAUUCGUGUUCUGAUUGCGGGAAGGGUUUCACCCAGAAAGGAGCCCUUGUUAUACACCAGAGGAUUCACACGGGUGAGCGACCUUUCAUAUGCUCAGAGUGCGGAAAAGGUUUUGCCGGGAAAGGAAAGCUUCUUAGACACCAGAGAAGUCACUCGGUCGAACAUCCUUUCUCGUGUUCCGAGUGCGGGAAAUGUUUCACAGAGAAAGGGAAACUUAUUAGUCACCAGAGAGUUCACACGGGGGAGCGUCCUUUUUCAUGCUCAGAGUGCGGAAAAGGUUUCACUGAGAAAAGAGCACUUCUUACACACCAGAGAAUUCACAUGAGCGAACCUCCUUAUUCAUGUUCCGAGUGCGGGAAAUGUUUCACGCAGAAAAGAAGCCUUCUUAGACACCAGAGAAGCCACACGGGUGAGCGUCCGUUUUCAUGUUCAGACUGUGGAAAAAGUUUCACUCAGAAAGAACAUCUUAUUACACACCAGAGGAGUCACACGGGCGAGCGUCCUUUUUCAUGUUUAGAGUGCGGGAAAUGUUUCACUGAGAAAAGAGCUCUUCUUAUACACCAGAGAAGUCACAUGAGCGAACCUCCAUUCUCGUGUUCGGAGUGCGGGAAAUAUUUCACAGAGGAAAGAGGACUUGUUAUACACCAGAGAAUUCACACGGGGGAGCGUCCUUAUUCAUGUUCAGAGUGCGGGAAAUGUUUCACUCAGAGAUCGCACCUGCUUAGACACCAGAGAACGCACAAGGGGGACCGUCCUUAUUUAUGCCCAGUGUGCGGGAAGUGUUUCACUCAGAAGGAAAAUCUUAUCACACAUCAGAGAAGUCACACAGGUGAGCGUCCUUUUUCAUGUUCAGAGUGCGAGAAAUGUUUUACAAAUAAAGGAAAUCUAAUUCGGCAUCAGAGAACGCACACCUGCUGAUGUCGGUGACAACUGGAAGGUGGCAUCUAAAAUAUUAAAUUGUGUAGUCCUAUACAAUCAAUAUAUUUAUAAAAAGCUGGAAAUAUCGACAUUAGGAAUGUUUUUUGGAAGUAAUGGCGCCCGAAUAUCGAGAAAAUUGUGACAUUUUUCCCGCACUUGGGACACCUAUAACCUUUUUUGUAAAUGGACUCCUUCCCUUUAGACCCAACAUGUAGCCCAUCAUUUGUGUUUUGUUUUUCGAGCUGCCCUUUGUUGAUGAAAUCUGAAUGCUCAAUUGGUACUAAGGGGCCCAAAGUGGCAUGUGAGUGUACAGUGGAACCUUGGAUUACGAGCAUAAUCCGU